AUGUACGAAAAAAAUUUGUUGACGUUUGACAUUUCUCCGUUUAAUGUUGCAAAUGGUGGCAUACCGGAGGCUGAGCUGCCUCAGUGUUGGUCUGACGAUGUACGGAUGAAUGCAUUAUUCGCUCCGUUCAGGAUUAAAGCUGCGAAUCCUGAAUCCUGGGAUAUGAAGAUGAAGUUUUGGUCUGAUAUGCUGCGGCAGUGGUGCAGAAGUAGGAAAGAACCUAUAGUUUCUGCUGCGGACGCGAAAAAUGUCUUUAAUCGUAAAGGUCGAACUCCCGCUUGUCUGGACAUCGUCGUCGAAGAAAUGUAUCGCAACGGAGACCUCUGUCCUCUAUCGAAAUAUCAGCAAAUUCUGCACAACGGACCUGAAGGGUGGGUCAAGUGGGGUGCUCGGCUAGCAUUCAAGCCCGCAGCUCUAGCCCUUACUGCGGUAGCUUCGUUCAUGCCUAAUAGACAGGCGGUGGACAACGAUGGGUUGCCGAAAGCCUCUAUUGAUUCAACGCAACGAUUUGUGCUGGAGAGUGCUGUUAAAGAGCAAGCAACAGAACUGCUCCAGAAAUACCCUCCUGGAGUGGAACGCAUGGGCACCAUCGAAGAAUUGAUCCGCAACUGUGAAUGGACAUAUAGCCGGGAGAUAUUUGAACUGUUACUCGGGUACCUGGUGUCUCAAGGAGCUGCCGUCAAGAAGGGGGAUGUUGUUAAACUAGCGGAACCGGACAAGAAAGUGUCACCAGUGACGGAGUCAGACGAGGCUCUGGUCAAGUUGAUGUGUGCAGAGACGAGGCUGGAGGGCGAAGCCUUACGGCUGGCGAGAGACGUCGCCACGGCACAGGCUGAGGCUAAAGCAGCGCUUAAUGUCGGAAACAAGUUGGCUGCUAAAAACCAUCUUCGCCGCAAACACAAGACUAGUCUACGUCUAGAACGUUGCAACAACGCGCUGGAGAACGUGCGACAGUUGCUGCAACAGAUGCGAGACGUACACGUCAACGUGGCUAUCGUUGAUACUUACAGAACCAGUUCAGACGCUAUGAAACGCAAUUUGAAAGAUAAUGCAUUGGAAGAGGACGCCGUACACGAUACAAUGGAUGAUUUGAAAGAGGUAAUGGACCAAUACAGCGAAGUGGAGAAGGCACUAGGCACCAACAUAGAUGACUUUGAUGCUGCGGAACUGGAGGAGGAACUGGCGGAACUCCUCGCUGGACCCGGCGCACCUGGCGGUGGCACGCCGGGCAAGGAGGAGAGGAAAGAGGCCCCAAAACUCCCAUCGCCGCCAUCUUCUAUACCAAGGCGGAAGAUAUCAGAACGAGAGUUUGUCUUUGAUGGUGAAGAACGGAUGUUGGCUGAACUGAACGAGUUGGGGUUAGAUGAUGCCAGUCCCAAGGUUAGAGAGAGAAGGGAGAGGAUCGCCGUUGCUGAAGGUGAUGCACCUCAACCGAAACCAUCCCCGAAAAUAGCGAAAGCAACCAAGGAUAAACCCUCGAAACCAUGGUAUCCACCAUCGGGGGAGUGUCUAAGAGACCCAGUAUGGUCACCCAACCACAACCAGCGACUGACUGACAUCGCGGGCAGCUUCGGGGAACUCCGCCAGGAUGAUAGGAUACAUCCAGGCCAGCAACUUGACGUAGACUUCACUAGCGCCCCUCGACUCUACAGUUCUGACUUCCAAGUUCGCGACCACAAACUACGCGCCGGAGUCUGGAUAUAUAAUAGGGACCCCAACGAUAAUCUAGACAGCUCGCUCGCUGCUAGCACUGAUUAUUACAGCACGGAAAGUCCGGGCAAGUCCACAGCCCCCACGGGCUUCCAAAUGGCCCCCGGAGGAGAGCGACGCAAGUCCACGACAGACCCCGUACACAAGGACUCCGUAGACGAACUACAGAGACGACUGGACAACCUUCGCGGCUUCAAUUUAUAA